UUUUGUUACAAAUACCAUUAAUAUGCCAAGAAUAUGAUUACUCUGAUUUUACUGCCGUAGAUGUGUAGCAUAACGGGCUGAGUAUACUAUCAUCAAAAACAAGUAGCUAGACUAUAACAACUUAGUCGCUGCUUAACUGCAGCUUUCAGCAAUGUUAUUAGUAGUAAAACUGCUUUAUUUAUUGGGUUUCAGUAGAACUCAGUAAAAACUAUAACGUUAAUGGUAAUAUAUUGUACUUUCAGAUGGUUUUCCUGUUAAAAACAGGCCAGAUGUUGAGCAUGGAGGUGCAGGUGGACGUGAGCUGCUGUAAAUCAGUAGGAACUGAUCUGUCCAUGCUGGAUAUUGAGGAUUUCAUCAGUCAAAUCUGUCAGCUGAAGAAAGAGGUGGCGUCGCUGGAGGCCAAGCUGAGAGAAAGAGGAGAGAAACUCCAGCCAGAGCGGCAGGAUUCGCUGUGCGGCGUCAGAGCUCAGAGAUCCAGAGACACGCAGAACUCAGAGCUCAGCCUGACUUUACUCUGUUAUACUGACGCUCAGGAUCAUCAGAGCUCUGAGCCAGACGCUGGAGAACAGCAGACCACACUGAAGAUGUGCUCCGUCAGACUGGAGGACUGCAGGAACCUGAUCCAGAGCACAGAAAACACCACAGAAGAAGAGGAUCAGAGAGACCCAGAGGAUGAUGAUAGUGAUUUUGAUGAAGAUGGGAAAGAUGAUGAUGGAAAUGAGGAUGAUGAUGAUGGAAAAGAUGAUGAUGAAAAUGAGGAUGAUGAUGAUGGAAAAGAUGAUGAGGAAGAUGUGGUCGAUGAUGAUUUUAUUCCUGCAGAUACUAACAGUGGAUCAUCUGAUGAAGAAGGAGCUCCGAUAUUAAAAGAUAAGCCGAAAAACAAAAAAUUCUCCUGCGCCACCUGUGGAAAACCAUACGCCUCACGAAGAGAUUUAGAGGUGCAUGAAAAAAAGCACUCAGAAACGAAGGUCUUCAUCUGCUGGAGAUGUCAUAGGUGCUUUCCCACGUUAGAGGAGAAGAAACUUCAUUCCAAAGAGCAUGUGGUAAAGAAAAGGUUUCAGUGUGAACAGUGCGGUAAGAACUUUGUAACUCCUUCUAGUUUAGCUAUUCACAUAACGACACACACGGGUGACCAGCGUGUCCAGUGUGACGUAUGCAACAAAUCAUUCAGCACCAAAGCAAACCUGGAGGUUCAUAAGAGAAUCCACACGGGCGAGCGGCCGUAUAAAUGCCCUCACUGCGAGAAGAGCUUUUGCCACGGAUCUCAAUUAAAGAACCACGUCCGCAUUCACACCAAGGAGAAGCCGUACCAGUGCAGCGAGUGCGGAAAAACCUUCGCAAAAUCGGGCACUCUAAACUCGCAUCUAAAUAUCCACUCUGAGGACAGGAGGUAUCAGUGCAAAUACUGCGACAAGCGAUUCCGGUAUAAACCGAGUCUGUUUACUCAUGAGAAGGCUCACAGUGGAAAGAAGCAACACCUGUGCGCUGAAUGUGGGAUGAGUUUUAUGACUACAAAACAACUUACUUAUCACCAGAGAACCCACACUGGAGAAAAACCGUACCUGUGCAACAUCUGUGGCCGGGGUUUCAGUCAACCAGGCAUCUUAAUAAACCACAUGAGGACUCACACUGGAGAAAGACCCUAUAAGUGUUCACACUGCGACAAGACGUUUGCACGAUCUGAUGUGAUGAAGACCCACGAGAGGGUUCAUACCGGAGAGAAACCGUACCGCUGCUCCAUCUGCGGAGAGAGGUUUGCGUAUUUAGGAAGUUUUCAGAGCCACCAGAAGAAACAUGGAGGAGAACUAGUGGAUGAGCAGAUCAGCGCAUGAUGGAGAAUUGACGACUGAGUGUUUCUGACAGCAUUUCUUCAUCCUAGUCCUCACUCUCCACUGCUCUGCGUAUUUUGAUCUUUUAAAAAAGAAGACAGCAUUUACUUCUAUAGUAAGGGUCACCCCUGAUAAAUAAAGGGACUAAACUGAAGAAAAAUCAAUAAAUUUUUAUUACAGCGGUGGUUCAAUCUGUUUGACAUCGUCAUUUGAGCAGCCAGUAAAUACACAUUCAUGCACCAUCAAAGUAUUGUAGAGUGCGACAUUUUGCCAUGUUAAAGUAAGGUUCAAAAAUAAAAGUGUUGCCUCGUUCAAAUAAAGAUUUUGAAAUGAAA